AUGUACACUCCUCCAGAGGCAGCUAGACCAUACACGCCAAACUCACCAUUGCAGCUACAUGCGCCACUCCCUAUGCGGGACGUCCCCUUCGCGCGUUCAAAGAAGCCACGGCGAAAAACUAGGUCUCAUACGGAGAGCCCUCCAGGGGGCGCCGAUACACCCCAUUAUGACUGGGAGCUAUGGAAGGACUGGCUGUUCCACCUCUAUAUCACCGAAAAUCACACCUUGGAAGAACUGUCGUUCGAGAUGUCUGCCAUGCACGGGUUUUCCCCCUCCUUAAGCACCUAUGCCAAGAAGUUUACGAGUAAGGACUGGGAGAAGUUCCGAAAGGACGCCAGCAAAACGAUGGGGAGAUUGACACACAAAACCAAACCUCACGGCGCCGACAUGCUAAGUCUUUGCCCCCAAGCGAUUUUGGGGGAGUUGGGGCUGUUUCUCUCUUUGAGAACGAAUGGACCCUCGGGUGCUAGACCGACCAUCGAACAGGAACCGGGGCUUCGGCAUGAGGAAAACGGAUGGAGUUUCACCGAUACCAAAUUCAAGGGUGUCGUUGACGACUCGGCAGCAUGGCAAUUCCUCUCAGAUCAAUGCUCAGGUUUCGCCAUCUCGGCCACCACAUCCGUCGCGCCGCGGUCCAUUUUCCUGUUCGCCGAGAUUCUUACGCAAUUGAGAACCCUGGCCGGAUCCCCAAAGACAUUGCGCGGCCCUUACUUUCUCGUUUGUCUCUACCACUUCAAAGCCACCAUCGGGCUGGGGUGUUGGAAGACGGCCCACUUGCUCGCCAAGAUUGUUGGAGAAGACCACUUGGAGGUGCUUGGACUGGGUGCCUACUGUACAAAGAACUGGGGGAGGUUUUCCCUCGACAAGAGCCGCCUCUCUUCCUGCUAUAAAUCUCUCAUGGACAACCUAGAGGCCAAGCAGAAUCCCAUGAGCAUCGAGCCAAGGAUCGCCGUUCUUUACAGCGUCACUCACGCUCUUUCAACUUCCGUGGACCAGACCAUGGCUGAGGAAGCAGCCAAGUCGGUGAAGCUGACUCAAAAGUUGUGCGAAGACGAAGCAAAAAUGGAACUCUACGCUUCACGUUGA